AUGGGAAGCGACAUGGGAGAGAUGAUGAGUGGGGCCAUUGCUUUUCAAUUCUCCAUGGACAAGGAAGAGUAUGGCUUGACCUUGUCCCCCAACUUCCUGGCCAACCAGACGAAGUUGUACCUGCUGGACAACUACUUUGCACUUCAGAAGGUCUUCAAAAAGUACGAUGUGAACCCUGAUUGGAACGCUCCGGCGUCCGAAGUCCUGAAGUGCGGCUUCGUCCCCUCGGAUGUGCACAAGAUGGAGUUCAAGCACCCGAGGCCCAAAUGCCCUGCGGAGUCGGUGUGGCUCCACAUUAUGAAGAAGCAUCGUACAGACACCAUCUCCAACUGGACUCUGAUUCCACCCACGCCAAAUGCGAGCCUCACUGGCCUUUGGAAUGUUGGCAAGGCUGAAUGUCCCUCUGGUGCAGUGAAAGCUUCAGUGUUGGAGAACAACUGCUGUCACUUUGAGCAUCUUGGACUCUGA